CAGAUUCUGACCGAAACAGCUCAGUCUCACUUCUUUCGACCCUCUGCAACUCACAGCAAAUUCAAGUACAUACUCCAUUCAUCAAACUUGUGCAUCAGCAAGCCUUUGUGUACACAUUCAAGCCAAGCCAAGUAGAGCGAGCAAACCAUCAUGCUCGCAAGUGGACUCGCAGGACUGCUGCUGGCUCGUCACGCCGGCCCGCACUGCCUGAGCACGCGGAUAGGAUGCUUUUCGCGAUUGCCUCUGAUGAACACUGCCAGUCACCCAGCUGGGUCUCUGCGGACGAGGCUGCGUUGGUCCAGUCGCGCCGCCUUGGCCACACGCGCUGGACACGCUGGCGCAUCUUCAACUUCACAGACGGCCUUCCCGCGCGUCACGCACAGACCCAUCAACUGGAGACGCAUGGCAGGACUGUUUGCGCUCAGCUUUGCCGGAUCGGUGGUCUACUGCGAGUUCUACACCGAGUCGUUUCCGUUGCACUUUUGCUCGCCCAUCAACUACGGCGCGAUCGGACGAGAGAUUCACAACAUUCUGCCAGAGUUUGACACGGUGCGACAAGCCGCAGUCGAUGCUGCAUUGAGCCACACGCGCGUGCUUGGGCCGCUGGACUGGAUGGCGCUGGGAGCAGAGCACGCGCGAAAGGAAGAGUUUGACUAUGCCGUGCACGCAUUCUACCUGGCGUACCUCACUGCAGACGCCACUGUCACAGACGAGCCCUAUCGAGACGUUGUGCACCAGACGUUGAUGGGCUGCAAGCCAUAGUGAACACGCACACAAAUGCGGGUGUCUUGUAUUUUUUUCUUUUUGGUUUCUGUUUGAUUUUGUUGUUUUCAUGUACAGUUUUGCUGCUUUGCCAGACAAGUAUACAUUGUCAUCAAGCAGACACACAAAC